AUGGUGUGGUCAGUGCUGGCUGGUCAUUGGUCUGGCAUAAUUUCUCCCGAAGUGAUGGAAGAGAUUAGGGAGAUUGAAACAUGGAUUCUCAUGCUUCUCAGUUCACCUGUACCUGUACCAGGGAAGACUAAAGUGCAGUUAGAAGUGAUGCCUCUCGACAUAUCUCCCGUAUUCGAGUUUGCGCUACCGGAUCAUACUCGCUUCAGUCUCGUGGACUUCCCACUUCAUUUGCCUUUCGAACUGCUCGGAGUCGAUGAAGCUGUCCGCAUUUUAACGGCCAUUAUGCUUGAAUUCAAGGUGCACCGGGAGUGA